AUGGCUCGACUUUCCUUUUUACUGCUCUCAAUGAUGGCACUAUCUUGUGACGCCUUUGUCAGCCCCUCUUCGUCGCUUGCUAGGCGCGUCACUUGUCCGUCUGCGACCGCGGUCAAUUCAGCAUUUGAUGGAAUCAAGGGUCCCAUUCAAAGUUACGUGGACAUUUGGACCCCCCUUUUUCAACAAGCCAAAGAAGCUGGGUUGGCUCCCGACUUUUUGCUUCACUGGGGACACGGCGGAGCCAUGGCGACAGUCCUCUUGACAAUGGGUGUGUUUGGAGCGUACCUUGGAUGGCAAACACGACUAGGUAACGGAAACGAAGUCAAUGCACUGACACUUGGUGAAACGGUGCGAGAAAUGCAUCCAAAGCUGAUGGGCGGUGCUCUGUUCUUCUUUCUUUUGGGAGGACAGGGUGGUCUAGUCUUAUUGGCGACUCAAGGGCAAAAUAUUUUGGAGUCACCACAUGCAAUGACCGCGGUGAUUGGCAUCAGUCUGUUGGGUAUCCAAGCCAUUCUUCCGAAGCUCUUCGAAUCGACACCAGCUGCCCGUGACGUGCACGCCUAUCUCGGAUCGGCAACGAUGGUUGCUUUGUUUGCUCACAUGGCAACAGGCAUCAACCUUGGACUCUCUUUCUAA